AGCACCACUGCCCUGCUUGGCACCCCUCGCAGCUAUAAAGUCUAUCCCUUCGGGUGCAUAAUAUGUCGACACCUGCCGCUCCCGUGGUCCCAUUGCUCCCAGAGAACACGCUGGCUAGCACGUAUGAGAACCCCGAGAAUCGCAGCCUCAUGCGCUACAAAGUCAUUGUCUGCUGGCUGUGGCUCUUGGAUGCGUUGCACCUCGCACUUAUCAUCCAUCUUGUAUACUUCUAUCUCGUUGAAAACUUCGGAUGCCACAAUCCUCGACCAAAUUGUCUGGAGCUUCAAGCUCCAAAUAGUUGUCGAUGUCCUGGUUGUAUACUCUGUCCACUGCUUGUAUGCGUACCGCUUGUAUCUACUCAGCCGUGGGAGGCGGAUUUACGAAAAAUUUGUAUACCUCGCUUGUUUUAUCGUGCUACUAGGAGCUGGUGUGGCCAUUUCACUCUGCUGGGCAGUCUACCGCGCCAACGUCUACCCAACUCUCGUCACACAAACUCGGUGGGCGACAUACAUGGCCCUUGGUUCCAUGGUGGUCAUAGACUUCAUGCUGGCAUCGUCUAUGUGCUACCUCUUCCAGGUCUCUCGGACUGGUUUAAGGAGCACAGACUCAAUUCUCAAGAAACUAAUGCGUUAUGUCAUACAAACCGGCGUCCUAACUAGCCUGUGUUCGUUGUCUGCAGUGAUUUGCUUGGCAGCCAUGCCGGGAAACUUCGUCUUCCUUGGAAUCGAAUUCUUUAUCACAAAGCUCUAUGUCAACUCCUUGCUGGCUUUGCUUAACGCGUGCUACUACGAUAGAAAACCCUUGCACGGCACGUCUUCAGCUCAGCGGAGCAAUCCUUCGCAAACCGGCGGACAAAAUAUUGUCGAUCAGGGCGAAGCAAAGCAGUCCAACGUCAUUGUCAUCUCGCAGUCAUCGACAACCGAGACCUCGGAUGACGCAUAUCCACCAAAGCCGCGGUCCCUUGACGUGUGA